AUGCCAUUUAAUCAUUGAGCAACACAGUCAAUCAGCACAGCACUGAGACGCAAGUUGUCACAGUUUUCCAGGCAGAGAAGAUACUAAAGGCACAAGCAUGGGAGAGUGGGGCUUUCUCUCCAAGCUGCUGGACAAAGUGCAGUCUCACUCCACAGUCAUUGGGAAGGUGUGGCUCACUGUUCUCUUUGUCUUCAGGAUCAUGGUCCUCGGAGCCGGGGCUGAAAAGGUGUGGAGCGACGAACAAUCAAAAAUGAUCUGCAACACUAAGCAACCUGGUUGCACGAACGUGUGUUACGAUCACACCUUUCCAAUCUCCCACAUUCGCUUCUGGGUGCUUCAGAUCCUCUUUGUGUCCACGCCAACACUUCUAUACUUCGGCCACGUUCUGCAUAUACUCCACAAAGAAAAGAAACUAAGACAGCAGACUGAAAGCCAUGCGGAAAAGCAAGGCCUCAAACAUCCCAAAUACACAGACGAUCAUGGCAAAGUUAUAAUCAAGGGCCAGUUAUUAGGUAGUUACCUAGCCAGCCUGUUUGCUAAGAUCUUGCUUGAGGCUGCAUUUAUUGUAGGCCAGUAUUAUAUUUACGGUUUCAUAAUGAUCCCUAAGAUAGAAUGCUCCCAAUCUCCUUGCCCUCAUACGGUUGAGUGUUACAUGUCUCGUCCCACAGAGAAAACCAUCUUUAUCAUCUUCAUGCUGGUGGUGUCGUGUAUCUCUCUGCUUCUGAACGUGAUCGAGAUGUUCUACCUGAUGUGCCGCAGGUCAAAGAGACAUCGUGGCACACAGAUGAGCACUUUCUCGCAAGGUUUAAAUGGAUCCAAGAUGUACACUACAGGACCUUCAAAGUCUACUUAAACUUAAGGCUGAAAAGAUCAUGUUUGAUCUGUCUAUAGCUAAAUGAAUGUAAGAUCUAGGGUAUUCAAAUUCAAGCCAUUUUGUGAUCAUUUUGUUUUGCACAGUUUUUGUUUUGCUGUGAAAUGAUUAGGCCCUAUAUGUAUUUAGAAACUUUUUUGCACCAGAAUGAAUGUUGAUGAGCAUCUGCAUGGUGCCACAGGGUAUUUCAGGUAAUUCUAUAUGGACUUUAUUUAACUUUUAACCUUUAUUAAGGUUGCUAGCUUGUCAUAUGACCUAUCAUUUAUCUCUUCUUAUAAAAUUUUGUGAUGCUUUAAUUGUCUUACUGUAGAAUUGUCAUAAAACACGUAGUUCACACUUAGUUAGUAGCACACUACACAUUUUCAUAUUUUCCUAAAUACAUUCUUCUAUUUGGUUAACCCUCUGAUAUUGUUCAUUUGGGAGUCACACUUGUGUUGUUCGCGGUCAAAAGUGACUGGACACC